AUGGGGGCUAGAGAAUGUGCUCUUGAUUCUCUUCGUGGUUCACCGGAGGAAUCAUUUGCUUACUUACCUCAUUAUUGUGCUGUAUUGGAGAUUAAUAACCAUGGUACAAUUACUCAUAUUGAGUCUGAUGAUGAAAAUCGAUUCAAGUAUUUUUUCAUGGCUAUUGGUGCAAGUUUACGUGGAUUUCAGAGUUCAAUGCGCCUUGUUAUCGUCGUUGAUGGCACCCAUUUGAAGGGUAAGUAUUUGGGUACACUUUUUGUCGCAACUGCUUUGGACGAAAAUGAGCAAAUUUAUCCGGUUGCUUUUGGGAUUGGUGAUUAUGAGAAUAAUGCAUCUUGGCAAUGGUUUUUUAAAAAAUUACGGGAUGCCAUUGCAGUCGAAGACUUCUUACGGUUAUGUAUACUUUCAAACAGAAAUCCUAGCAUUGAUAGGGCAGUUUCACUUGUAUUGUCUGGUUCAUUUCAUGGUGCAUGUAUCAUCCAUAUCCAACGGAACAUGAAGGUGAAAGGGUUCAAUGAAUCUAUCAUCCCUAUAUAUCUUAAAGCUGCUAAGGUAUAUCGAACAUCUGAGUUCAAGCAUUUGAUGAAUCAGUUACGUAAUGUCGACGGAGGUAGACCUUAUGCUUAUUUAGUUGAAACUGGUUUCCAUAGGUGGUCUAGAGCACUGUCUUCUGGUAAGAGAUAUAGUAUCAUGACAACGAACAUUGCAGAGUGCUUGAAUGCUAUACUACGAGAUGCUCGAACAUCUGUCACGUCUUACCUAUGUUGCGAGUGUGACAAGGAAGUUCGAAAGAGAAGCUAUAGGUCACAGCGACUAAAUGUUCAACCGAUAAGCCAUAGUGAGUACUAUGUACGAGAUGGUGAUCAAGAUGGACAGGUCGAUCUACAAAACAAGACCGGUUCAUGUCGGGUGUCUAACAUAAUCCUGCUCUAG